AGCAAACAGAGUUGAUAAGCACGAAAAAUGCUUAAGAGGCGGUUAGGUCUAUAUUUGUUACAGUCGCAAAAAGCGGCUCUCUCUUCCACUAAACAAAAAAGAUGGCAGACCAAUGUGGCAGCAACAAACGAGGCUAGAACCGAUCCGGAAUGGUUGAAUGCCAAACCCUUUGAAGAGCUUCCCCGUGCCAAUGCUCUCUCCCUAUUCCCAAAGAUUGCCUUCCCGGGUGGCAAGUACAAGAACAUGGAAUUUAUGGAAAUGAUAGAGGCCAUGCGGCAGGAUUACGGAGAUAUAUUCUAUUUGCCUGGAUUAAUGGGAACCUCUGCCUUUCUGAUGACGUACAAUCCCGAGGAUUUCGAGGUGGUAUUCAGAAACGAGGGCGUGUGGCCUCUUAGGCCGGGCAGCGAGACAUUGAGAUAUCAUCGGACAGUGCACGGGAAGGAUUUCUUUCAGGGAGUGGAGGGCAUUAUUCCCUCGCAGGGUAAGUCCUGGGCCGACUUCCGAUCUGCCGUGAACCCAGUGCUCAUGCAGCCCAAAACUGUGAGGCUAUAUUACAAGAAAAUGUCUCAGGUCAAUCAGCAGUUUAUACAGCGAAUUAAAGACAUAAGGGAUCCUACGACCCAGGAGGUUCCUGAAAACUUUCUCGAAACCAUCAACAGAUGGACUUUGGAGUCUGUCUCUGUGGUGGCCCUGGACAAACAGCUGGGAUUGCUCAAGGACUCUGAAAAGGACAAUGAAGCCCUUGAGCUUUUUAAAAACCUUGACGAGUUUUUCCAGCUGACUACUGAACUGGAGAUGAAACCUUCUCUUUGGCGAUACUUCAAGACCCCUAAACUGCAACGACUGAUGAAGGCUUUGGAUGGUCUCAGGGAUAUAACGCUGACCUAUGUAGAGGAGGCCAUCCAGCGUUUGGAGAGAGAGGCCAAGGAAGGAGUGGUGAAGCCGGAGAGCGAGCAGAGUGUCCUGGAGAAGCUGCUGAAAGUGGACAAGAAAGUGGCCACAAUCAUGGCAAUGGAUAUGCUUGUAGCGGGCGUGGAUACGACCUCUAGCACUUUUACUGCACUUUUAUUGUGUCUUGCCAAAAAUCCAGAAAAACAAGAAAAGCUGCGAGAGGAGGUGAUGAAGGUGCUACCCAACAAGGACACCGAGUUCACCGAGGCUUCCAUGAAGAAUGUACCUUACCUGCGAGCCUGUAUUAAGGAAUCGCAGCGGAUAUAUCCUCUCACUGUUGGAAAUGCUCGUACUCUUGUUAGGGACACUGUGGUUGGAGGAUAUCGUGUACCAGCUGGAACCAAUGUCUCCAUGUGUCCUUUAAAUUCCUAUUCUAGCGAUAAGUACUUCCCAAAAGCUACUGUUUUCAUGCCAGAACGAUGGCUACGACCUGCUAAGGACGAGCCUGGACAAUGUCCUGCAAGUGACCUGAGGACUAAGAAUCCGUUUGUAUUCCUGCCCUUCGGCUUCGGAGCACGAAUGUGCGUGGGUAAACGUAUUGUGGACAUGGAACUGGAGCUGGGAAUCGCUCGACUGAUUCGAAACUUCAACGUAGAGUUUAAUUAUUCCACAAAGAACGCCUUCCGAUCGGCUUUGGUGAAUCUACCGAACAUACCUCUCAAGUUUAAGUUUUCAGACUUGCACAACUAA